CAACAGUGAUUUUUUUUUUUAGCAUUGUGUGGAGAAAGUGAAACUAAGAGAAGGGGAAACCUGCCUGUUGCACAGAAGGACGUUUGCUAAAGGGAAUUAGUCUGAUCCCAGAGUUCCAUGUUUUGCUAACAUGGAGUGUGUCUGAUUCCGUAGGUUCAUAAGAGCAAUGAUUAACUGGAGGCUAAACGCAGGGAGGUCAAAGAUCCUCUCUGGGUUCACCCUGUCUGACUGCUGUCUCUGCUACCGGCUAUGCGUCCUCCUAGCCUCUGAUUGGUUAGUUCCGUCACGUUAGUCCGGGACAAGGAGGUGUUGAGAGGAAGUGUGGAGAACAGUAAAGAGGAAGUUGUCCCUGCCCACCCGUUUGUUUCUUCCCCACGUUUCAAAGCUGCACAUUACCAACAUAUACAGUUUUAAUAAAGCGCCACCUUUGGAUCCCUCCGUAAUGGACCCGUUAGUUGGCUCGACGGCGAGGGAAACCUUGGAGCGAGUUUCGGCUUCGCUGGGCUGCGAUCCGACCGAUGCAGAGGUGGCUGCACAUCUGGACCAACACGACCCCCUCAGACAUCUCAGGGACCAGUUCCUGGUGCCCAAAAUGAAAGAUCUGCCUCCCUCUGAUCUCUCGCUGGUCGACGGGGCCGAUGAAUGCAUCUACCUAGUGGGAAACUCGUUGGGGCUUCAGCCCAAAACGGCCCGGAAAUACGUGGAAGAGGAGCUGGACAAGUGGGCCAAAAUGGCCAUCCACGGUCACACCGAAGGCUCCCGACCCUGGGCGUGGGCUGAGAACCACAUAGAGGAGCUCAUGGCCAAUGUUGUCGGAGCGAAACCUGAAGAGGUGGCGCUGAUGAACGGCCUGACUGUUAAUCUACACCUUCUACUGCUUUCCUUCUACAAACCCACAUCAGGCCGGCACAAAAUCCUCCUGGAGGACAAGGCCUUUCCCUCAGACCAUUACGCGGUGGAUUCUCAGAUCCGCCUGCGAGGCCUGAACCCUCAGAAGAGCAUGCUGCUGCUGUCACCCAGACCGGGAGAAGAGACUCUGAGAACCGACGACAUCCUGGAGGUGAUCGAGAAGGAGGGCGACUCCAUCGCUGUGGUGAUUUUUAGCGGCGUUCAGUAUUACACCGGCCAGCUGUUCAACAUGGCCGCCAUCACCGAGGCUGGUCAGAGGAAGGGCUGUUACGUAGGUUUUGACUGUGCCCACGCUGCGGGAAACGCCGAGCUGAAGCUGCACGACUGGGGGGUGGACUUCGCCUGCUGGUGCUCCUACAAAUAUAUAAACUCAGGUGCUGGUGGUCUAGCCGGGGCGUUUAUCCACGAGAAACAUCGAGAAACCAUCCAACCUGCGUUGCUGGGAUGGUGGGGACAUGACCUGAAAACUCGAUUCCAGAUGAAUAACGUCAUGGAGCUGCAGCCUGGAGUGAGCGGCUUCCGACUGUCCAACCAGCCCAUCCUGCUUGUCUGCCCCCUGCAGGCCAGUUUGGAGGUGUUUAACAUGACCAGUAUGCAGGCGUUGCGCAGGAAGUCUCUCCUGUUGACAGGCUACCUGGAGUAUCUGAUCCAGCAUUAUUACAGCGAGGACCCCGCUCAGCCUCACAAAGCCCACGUCCACAUCGUCACGCCGUCGGACCCUCAGCAGAGAGGCUGCCAGCUAUCGCUCUCCUUCUCCGUCCCUAUCCUGAAAAUCUUCCAGGAGCUGGAGAAGAGGGGAGUUGCUUGUGACAUGAGGGAGCCUAAUGUGCUGCGAGUCGCUCCGGUGCCGCUCUACAACUCGUUUAGCGACGUUCACCGCUUCGUCCAAACUCUGGGAUCAGCGCUCACCGCCGGCAGCCCAAGGAAUUAACUGUUUUAUGUCUGUACUCUCCCAAAAUAAAUUGGUCAUGUGGCAUUGUUGUAUUUACAUAUUGUUAUUACAUAGUUAAACUUUAGCACAGUGA